AAUCAACUGGCUGACGGGAUCAGUGACGUCAGACGCGAAACGCCGGGCCUACCGCUGGAGUGUGAGGUGCUGCACGGGUUCUGUUUGGAGGCAUCUUUGAGCUGUCCGAGUGGUCAUCAUGAGCAAAGCUCACCCACCCGAGUUGAAGAAAUUUAUGGACAAGAAGUUAUCAUUGAAAUUAAAUGGUGGCAGACAUGUCCAAGGAAUACUGCGAGGAUUUGACCCCUUUAUGAAUCUUGUGAUAGAUGAAUGUGUGGAGAUGGCAACUAGUGGGCAACAGAACAACAUUGGAAUGGUGGUAAUACGAGGAAACAGCAUCAUCAUGUUAGAAGCCUUGGAACGAGUAUGAACAAUGGCUGUGUUCACCAGAGGAAUCAACUGCUUCCACGUGUCCCCUCUCCACAUUUUGCUACGAUAAAAAUUGGGUCGUGUACAUUUUCUUAUUGAACUUUUUUUUUGUUAAAUAAACUUUUGUGAUAGUCAAAA